CCCGAUCAGUGUUUAUGACAUCACCAGCACAGGUACAGCAGGGACAAUGGCUUCAACAGGUAAAGGAACAUCAACUGGACUCGCUGCGUCUAGUAAGCAGGGGCAGGACCAGGGCAGGUCCUCUGAGCUGAGGCUGGUGCUGCUUGGGAAGACAGGAGAUGGGAAGAGUGCCUCUGGAAACACCAUCCUGGGCAGUAAGAGGUUUGAAUCUAAAACCAGUGCCACCUCAACAACAAGGGAGUGUAAGAAGGAAACAGCUGUCAUUGCUGGGAGAAAUGUUUCUGUGAUCGACACUCCAGGAAUCUUCAACACAGAUCUCUCUGAAGACGAGGUUAAACUGGAGAUUGCACGAUGCAUCUCCCUGUGUUCCCCGGGACCCCACGCAUUCCUCCUGGUGAUGCCGUUGGGUCGAUACACGGGGCACAAGCGUGAAAUAGUGCAGGAAAUCCAGAAGAUGUUCAGUGAGGAAGUUAUGAGGUUCACCAUCAUUCUGUUCACUAGAGCAAAUUAACUAAAAAAGGACGAGACUAUCGAGGAGUACCUUGAGAGAGGCAGCCAGGAGCUCCAGGAGCUGGUUAAAAAGUGUGGGGGGUAUCACGCCUUCAAUAACAAGGAGGAGAAUCCCACCCAGGUCACUGAGCUACUGCAGAAAAUAAAGAGCAUGGUGGCUGAGAACGGAGGCAGCCACUACACUGAUGAGAUAUACCAGCUGGCAGAAGCAGUGAUCACAGAAGAGCGGGUUAAUAAGGGAAUAAGCAGAGAAAAGAUCGAAAAGUCCAACAGUUUCAUUAUGGCAUUUACCAUACUGACAGGAGCAGUAGUGGGAGCUGGUUUAGGGAUUUUAUUGGGAGAGGGGCUAGCAUGUAUUGCAGGUGGGGCAGCAGUGGUGCCAGGAGCAGUGGCAGGAGGGAUAAGAGGUCUAGUAGUUGGAGCGUCAAUUGGAUCAGAAGCAUCAGGGCCAGGCGAUGCAGUAAAGAGAGUGUUCAAAGAACUAACAGACAUAAUAGGCAAACAACAAUAGAAGCAAUAAGUGCACCCGAAUGCAAGUUUACCAUGGUGAAUUUCUCAUAGUGUUUUCACACUUUUCCCAUGGCUUUACUUUGCUUUUCCCAUGGUUUUAACAUGCUUUCACUGCUUUACUAUACUGUACCAUGGGAAUACCAUGAUAUACCAUCAUAAAUAUUUACUAUGGUUAACCAUUGUAAGAGGUUUGAUUUCUUCUUAAAAAUAAUGAAUCUUCAGGUAAAGUUAAUCAGAAAUAGUUUAUUCAGGAAUAAAAAUGCAACCAAGAACGAAACAAAUCAAAGGUGAUGCAUCAGUGAUCUCACAUACAAGCUGUUCUGAGCUGGCAUCAGGGUAGAUGUUAUUUACUUCUGAGCCAAGCUGAGCUUUCAUGGCAUCAGAGAUGUUAGUUUCUGAGAAAAGAAAUUACUUCGUACAGCACAGAUAUAGAGCUAGCUUAUGUCAUUUUCUUGACCAAAUUUGGUCUCAUUUCCCUAGCAUGAUACAUGGUGUGAGACAAAGCAUAUUAAAAGUUAACAUUAAAAGCGUUUCUUCUUCACUUUACCAAUGUCAGCAGAAACCCAGAUAACAAGAAGUUACAUUUAAGAACAAUGAUAUGAGUUUUGCUCAAUUCUCACAGGCAGCAUAGCGCUAUACCUUUCAUAAGGGCAGCUUUGCGUAUUGAGAAUAUAUUAGAGCACAACACUGAGAACCAGUGCAGUGAAUUCUCAUUGAAUUCCACAUUCCAGUUUGAACCGAUUCUCCUCCAGAUGGAGGUCAGUGUGUCUGGCAGACAUGAAGUGAACGAGAUUAUGAUUAGUAAUGACUGGGUUUAUGAAACUAGGCUUUCAUUUGUUUUUAUGGAUGUGUUUUUUUAACAGUGUUUCUAUUUUCAAAGAUUUUCCAAACAAUCUUUCAGUUAAUAGUUAAAAUAGCUAGAAUUUAUAGGAUACAAUUGUACAAUUUUAAGAGCCAAGUAGCAAAUUAUUUUUAAGUUUUAAUUUCUCAUCUUAAAACAUUCAGUUGUUUGACUAUUCAAUGAUUUCACCUGAACUAUAAACAGCAAUGAUACAACUUCAUCUGUCUUUGCUUCUGGUUCACAUUUUCAUUUCAGCUUUUCAGCAGCAUGAUAAAAUGUAACAUUGUUUCGUGUCAAUGUGCUUGUAUAUUUCAUUUAAUCAGAUCAAAUGGAAUCUAAUGUAUUUUCAUGGGGGGCUAUUGGGGUAAACAUCUUAAGAGUUCAAAGUUUUCUGUCUUUUUUGUGAUUAUUAUUAUUAUUAUUAGCACGGUUUUGUUAAAAAUGAACUUUGUAUUCUGCUUUACAGUACAAUUUAAGAGUGUUAAUAUCUUCACUGUUCUUUCAAUUAUAUUAAAACUUAAUAAAUAAACAUUUGUGAUUGAUGUGUGUGCUGCUUGUGUUCCCUGCACAGACAGACACCU